AUGUUGUCACCAUUCAAAACGUUGUUCUACUUUUUUCUCAUUAUUCCAGUGUCUUCUAAACGAGACUGGUGUGCUGAUUAUUAUAUGUGGAACAGGAUUAAUUCCAACAGGUCUCUAUACAGAAAAGAAGGUGAAGGUCUCACCCAAGGAUUCAAAAACUAUUGCCAAAUGAAAAUUCAUGAAGAUGUACCCAUAACGUACGUUUAUGCUGAAACUAACAAUCCGCUAUUCAAAAAAAUUCACCACUGGAUGUAUGUAGAUUGUCUUCGAAAUAUUCCAGACACAAUUAUAUUCAAAGCGUAUCAUGACCGAGACGAGAACUGGGAGAAAGCAGCACGUGAACUUGCUUUGGAAAACGAAUUUCUCUACCCAUCAAUGUGCAAUGUAAGGCAAGUUUAG